CUCUGGGCGCCCCGGAGCCUGCGAGCGGGAGCCUGGGGAUCCCGCGCGUGGCCUGCGCUUCCCGUGGGGCGACGUGGUGGCUGAGGGCUGCGAUUCCGCGCAGGGAAACGAGCCACCAUGUACAACCCGCAGCUCCAGCAGCAGCAGUUGCAGCAGCAACAAUUGCUGCAGAUCCAGCAGCUGCUGCAGCAGUCCCCCCCUCAGGCCCCCUUGCCCAUGGCCGUUGGCCGGGGCCUCCCCCAGGCGCAGCCCGCGCAGCCGCAGUUUAUGGGUCUCCAGGGCAACGGCUCUGCCUCCCUCCUCAGCGGUCCCCUGCUACAGAGGGCUUUGCUACUGCAGCAGCUGCAAGGACUGGACCAGCUUGCAAUGCCAGCAACCACAUACGACAGCACCUGUCUCACCAUGCCCACGGCAGCACUGGGCAACCUGCGUGGAUACGGAGGUGUGACCACCUCGAACCUGGGAGCCUCCAGCCUCUCACCCACACAGCUGGCCACCCCAAACCUGCAGCAGUUCUUCCCCCAAGCCACACGCCAGUCUCUGCUGGGGCCCCCUCCCGUCGGGCUCCCCAUGAACACUUCUCAACUCAGCCUCUCAGGACGGACCCCCCAGAAGCAAGCCCGGACCCCCUUCUCCACUACUCCCAGUCGUAAGGACUCCUCUUCUCAGACGAUGUCGGUGGAAAACAGACCAGACCCCGCCGAGGGGUCUGAGGAAGCAGCAGAGGCCCCGUUGGACAUGUGUGAAGACCGAGACUCGCCCCCCUGCCCGGAUACCAUCUCCAGAGAGAAGCGCUCACUGGUGCCUGACCCUGAGCCUCAUGAGCCAUCAGAGCCAGCAGCCAAGAGGUCCAAAAGUUUGGAGGAGCCCACAGAGUCAGGGCCUCCAGGACAGCUGAAAGCCAAGGUCCAGCCACAGGCCCGAAUGACGGCCCUAAAGCAAACACAGACGCCUGAGCUGCUGCCUGAGCCACUGGAAGCCCAGGGGCCACCACACUUCCAGCCCCAGGGGGCUCUGGUGAACCCCGGGGGACAGCCAAGGCUACAGAAGCAGGCCCAGACACAGACCUCUCCAGAGCACUUGGUGCCACAGCCGAAGCAGGCACAUCCAGAGCCACAGAAGGGCACAGAGCCACAGUCCUCAGCACAGCCACCCACGGAAAUGGAGCCACGGAAGCAGGUACUCAGCCAAGCACAGCCACGGGUCCAGCCGCGUGAGCAGCCUUCGGGGCAGACCCAGACCCUGCCACAGGGGUCGGUGCCAGCCUUGGAGCAAGCACCACUCCCAGCCCGUGCCACAUUGCUGGAGAUGCUGCCUGAGAUGGUAGAUGCCAGGGGAGAUAUGGAGGAGCCCCCGUCAGAGCCAGCAGGUUCCCAGGAUGAAGUGGAAGAGAGCCAGCAGGAGCCGGCCUGCGGCCUGGACAUGGGAGAGUGCGAGAGAAGAGCAAGGGAGAUGCUAGGGACGCGGGGCACCGGGGGCUCCCUGAAGGUCACCAUCCUACAGAGCAGUGACAGCCGGGCCUUCAGCACCAUACCACUCCUGCCUGGGCCGCGUGCUGCUGGUGACGCCUCCACUGCCCCCGUGGCCACCAGCACGCCCACCAAGCCCGGCCUACAAUUCUUCUGCUACAUCUGCAAGGCUAGCUGCAGCAGCCAGCAGGACUUCCAGGACCACAUGGUGGGAGCUCCACACCAGCAGCGGCUCGGGGAGAUGCAGCACGCCAAUCAAGCCUGCCUCCUGUCCCUGCUGCCUGUGCCCCGGGACAUCCUCGAGAGAGAGGAAGAGCCCCCGCCCCGACGCUGGUGCCACACCUGCCAGGUGUACUACUUCGGGGACCUGAUCCAGCACCGCAGGACGCAGGACCACAAGAUCGCCAAGCAGUCACUGCGCCCCUUCUGCACGGCUUGCAACCGCUACUUCAGGACCCCCCGCAAGUUUGUGGAACAUGUGAAGUCGCAGGGCCACAAGGACAAAGCCAAGGAGCUGAAGUCCCUGGAGAAGGAGAUAGCCGGCCAGGACGAGGACCACUUCAUCACGGUCGAUGCUGUGGGCUGCUUCGAGGGAGAUGAGGACGAGGAGGAGGAUGAAGACGACGAAGAGGAUAUUGAGGUGGAGGAGGAAUUCUGCAAGCAGGUGAGGUCCAGAGACAUCUCCAUAGAGGAGUGGAAGGACUCAGACACCUACAACCCCAACACAGCUUAUGGCGUGGACUUCCUGGUGCCAGUGAUGGGUUACGUGUGCCGCAUCUGCCACAAGUUCUACCAUAGCAACUCGGGGGCGCAGCUCUCCCACUGCAAGUCCAAGGCUCACUUUGACAACCUGCAGAAAUACAAGGCGACCAAGAACCCCAGCCCCACCAGCCGGCCCGUGAGCCGCCGCUGUGCCAUCAACGCUCGCAAUGCCUUGACAGCCCUGUUCACCACUGGCGGCCGCCAGCUGGUCCAGCCCAGCACCCAGGAUGUGGCCAAAACCCCCAGCAAGGUGACCGCUCAGCCUCCCCAGCCCCCACCUCGGCGCUCCAGCCGCCUGAAGUCCUAAUAGAGGAUGAACCCCAUGGGAUAGACUUUGGGCAUGGUUGGUGUCUUUACUCAAAGUCCAAUAAAAGGCAGUCUGUUCA